CGUACAUCUGCGCUCCUUUCAUCCACUCUCUCUUCCUCUGAAAUUCAAUCAUCUCCCGCAAAUUUCACAUCCUUUUGUUGAUUUUAUCUUAUCAACUGUUGUUAUCUGAUAAAUGUUGAAUUACAAGAAGAGGAAGAAGUUGAGGGAAUCAUAAUCACUGCAACAAUUGUUAAAAAAAAAGUUGGUCGUUUGCCGGCGGUGUACGUGAACGGCCAUGGGGAAGAAGGCUCAGGCAUAUUCGAAGCUGUUGAGGCGCCACAUGUUGCGUCUAUGGUGGAAGCUCGUGGUUUUGGCGUCCGUCGCUCUCUGUGUGCUGGCGUUUUUCAGAAUCCAGCAGUAUUCUCAGCCGCCGGCCUCUUCUUAUUCCCAAACCCAUAUGAGCUCGCAGUUGAUGGGCGUUCCUAAGGUCGCGUUUCUGUUUUUGGUGCGGAGGAGUUUGCCCCUCGAUUUUCUCUGGGAGAGCUUUUUUGAGAAUGUGGACAGGUCAAUGUUUUCAAUAUAUAUACAUGCUGAGCCUGGGAUAGUGUUUGAUGAAUCUACUACAAGGUCGGGUUUAUUUAUCAAUCGGCAAUUGAGAAACAGCAUUAAGGUAGCGUGGGGAGAAGCAAGCAUGAUAGCAGCUGAGAGGUUACUAUUUGAAGAAGCCCUUCAGGAUCCUGCAAAUCAAAGAUUUGUUCUCUUAUCUGACAGCUGUGCCCCUUUGUACAACUUCAGCUAUAUUUACAAGUAUCUGAUGGAUUCUCCAAGAAGUUUUGUUGACAGUUUUGUAGAUAAGAAAGAUGUCCGCUACAAUCCAAAGAUGUCACCAGUUAUACCCAGGAACAAAUGGCGGAAAGGGUCACAGUGGGUCACCUUAAUCAGAAGACACGCAGAGGUAGUUGCAGAUGAUGAAAUUGUUUUUCCAAUCUUCAAAAAGUUCUGCAAGGCUGCAACUUAUGAUGUUCUGUUUCUGCAGAGACGUCCACCAGUUGAUCCAAGUUUAGGCAUAAAGAAUCGUAUACUUCAGAAACUGCAUAACUGUAUACCCGAUGAACAUUAUGUGCAGACCUUACUUGCAAUGAAUGGUCUUGAGGCUGAGCUUGAAAGAAGAACAGUAACGUACACUUUAUGGAACCAAUCCAGGGCGACACCUACAGAUGAUGUGACUUGGCAUCCUUUUACAUUUAGUUAUGGAGAUUCAGGGCCCGAACAGAUAAAAAGAAUAAAGGAUAUCAACCAUGUAAACUAUCAAACGGAGUUCAGAAUUGAAUGGUGCAGUAACAAUUCCACAUUGGUUCAUUGUUUUCUAUUCGCAAGGAAAUUCUCUCUAGGAGCAGCCAUGCGUCUUCUAAGUCAAGGGUUAGUUGGUAAUUUGGAUGUCUUGGCAUUAAUGGAGCCACCACCGUGAUUUUUUUUUUUUUUUUGGGGGGGGUUGGUUGGUUGGUUGGUAGGGGGUACCAUCACUAAUCUAUGCACAGAAAACUAUGAUUUUGCAUUGGUAGUUUUGCAUAUGAUUUUACAUACAUGUGGAGAAACACCAUCUGUUCGUCGCUGUUAAAGAAUAGGUUAGUGAAAAUAGUCUUCUUUGUAACUGCUUAGUUUAUCCGUAAAACCAAGAGCCAUAGACAUACUUUGAGUAGCUUUACACCAUCACUGUGAAGAUAAAUUUGUUGCUGUCGAGUUCUUUAACGAAAAUUUUCAGGACAACUCAUUGUAGUAUAAAGGGAUAUAAUCAAAUGCCACUUUAUGUCAAGUUGCAGCUGAAAUCUAUGUUAUCUUCAG